UGCCGCACUCCCGGUCCUGGCCGCCGCCAUGUUGACCCGGUCCGGCUACGGCAGCCCUGCUGGGUCACGCGUGCGCACCGUCUCCGUACUCCUGGACGCUGCCAUCUUGCCCCUCAACCACCGUUGCGUGGGAGCCGCCAUCUUGAACAGAAGCCGGGAACGGUGGCCCUCAAGGGUCAAGAAUCCUCCAACUCUGAGAGCCUCCUAGCAGCCCCCAUACCCCGGCUCACACUGCACCCGUAUACUGGUGCCCUAUAGCUAGGGAUGCCAACCCUCAGGAUUGUCCUGGACUCUCCAGGAAUUAAAGAUUCAUCUUUCAUUAAGGAGUAUGUCAUGAUGAAACCUCCAGGAAUACAUCCAACCAAAACUGGCAACCCUAUCUGUACCAGGCCAGGCUUAUUAAACCAGAUCAGCUUCCCCUCGUGUAGACGCAGGUCUGGCGCUGCUACUCCUGUAUGGGAAGGGGAAUAAACUAGAUCAGCAUAAGGCAACUUUAUCCCCAUGUUAAUCCUGGUCCACACUAGGGGUUUAGGUUGAAUUUAGCAGCUUUAGGUUGAUUUAACCCUGAACCCGUCCACACGACCAAGCCUGUUUUGUCGACUUAAAGAGCUCUUAACAUCGAUUUCUGUACUGCUCCCCGGUGAGGGGUCUAGCACUAAAAUCGACCUCGCUGGGUCGAAUUUGGGGUAGUGUGGACACAAUUCGACGGUACUGGCCUCCAGGAGCUAUCCCAGAGUGCUCCAGUGUGACCGCUCUGGGCAGCACUCUCAACUCGGAUGCGCUGGCCAGGUAAGACAGGAAAAGCCCCGGGAAUCUUUGAAUUUCCUUUCCUGUUUGGCCAGCGUGGGAGCUGAGCAGCAGGUGGCCAUGCAGAGCUCCUCUGCACAGACCAUGCAGUCCCAGACUCCCAAAGGAGCUCCAGCGGGGACCGAACGGGAGGUGCUGGAUCUGAUCUCUAUACGGGGAGAAGUGUCUGUGCAGGCAGAACUCCUGGACCACGACGCCGGGGGAGGAACCUCUGCUGCAAAUGUUUCUAUGCUCCCCCGAGCGUUUCCGUCCCAGAGGGGAGCGCGGAUUAGAAGGCGAAACAAAUGCACUUGCGACGAGAUGUUCUCUGAACUCAUGCAGGCCUCCCGCUCAUGGAGGCAAACAGUGGCAGAGUUCAGGAAAGCAGAAAAUGAACGCCAGGAGAGGAGGCAGGAACGCCAGGAGAGGAGGUGGGAGCGAGAGGAGAGGCGGUGGCAGCGUCAAAGGAGGAUACGGGAUGCAAUUCUUAGGCUAAUGCAGGAGCAAACUGACCUGCUCAGGCGUCUGGUGGAGCUGCAGGAAAGGCAGCAGGAGCACAGAGCGCCGCUGCAGUCCCUGUAUAACCACCCGAGAGCAGAGUUGCAGUAG